UCCUGCGCGCACGCGUGGAAACAGCCUGUUAGUAUUGGGGCCGAGAAACGGGAAGACGAGUCCCCUUCAUCCAAGCAAGCAUCCAGCAUCCAAGCAAUCCCAGGCCCAGGUCCUGCUCCCAGCACCAAGUACCCGCGCACCCAAGCACCCGUCGCGCGAAAAUUGUGCAGAUCUGGCUGGGCCACUGGCUUGCUCGAUUCUCCCUCUUCGCGCGCCGCUCCCUACCUUGCCUUAGUGCAGGCCUUCCUUCUCGGCCGACACCACACCACCCACCCGAACAACGUCUUCUGCCACUUUGCGCGCAAGACAAUCCGUGCUUUGCUUGACUUUGCACACUGAGGUGGACGUUGGAUUUGCACACUGCACUGCACAUUCGACACACAGCGGCACAGGGGGUCCAGAACUGCAGGAGAAACUCCUGGCCAUCCACAAUCGCCCUUCUCCUCUCUUUCUCUGCUCGUCCCGGUCCCGAAAAGACCUCCUUCCGCGCUGCUGCUUGACGACACUGGUCCGAAAAGGCGCCCACCCCAGGUCGAAUUCCUCCUUCGCACACACCCACAGGCACCCCUACGCGUACCCUUCCUUUCCUCCUCCUGCUGCCGCUCCUCCGCACCCCCUCCCGCCUCCUCCCAGUCAGUCCCAGGACCAGCAGCAAGUGGCAGCAGCAGUCGAGCCACAAGCCAGACUGGAAACGAAAAAAAAAAUCUCGCCUCGAGUCGCGACGCUGAGAACAGGGACCACGCACCAGGCACAGCUCCUGAUCAACCUGCACCCAGGGUGUCGCGCAUCCACGCUGCUGCUUCCUUCCAUCCACGCCUCUUCCCCUGGUCGACCUCACAAGUCCAAUCGUGGCUCCAUAAAAAUUUCUAAUUAAAAUCGAAAUGGCUCAAGAAGACACCACAAGCAUCAGCACAAGCAGCACCAGUGCCAGCACCUCCAGCGUGCCUGUACCUGUGCCUGCGCCUGUGCCUGUGCCAGUUGUGCCUGAUGUCAACGACGUCGCCGCUCCUAGUACGGAUCCCUCGACAACCUCUACUAAUUCUAUCGUUCCCCCGAAUACUUCGACCUCUCCUCCUCUUCCUGUCGCUUCUGCUCCUGCUCCUGGUGCAGCUCCCCUCUCCACGACACCGACCUUGACCUCCAUCGAUACACCGACUCUCUCCACCGAGACCCCGUCCGUCGCGACUGCGAACGCGUCCGUACCUGCCACUGCUGCGGCACCUGCGAUUGGUCCUUCGACAACGAGCGCGACUGCGACUGUGACUUCGACUGCGACUGAGUCUACUACGCCUACUGUGGAAGCUCCUGCGCCUCUCCCUCCUCAGCAGAACGGCCAGCAGAACGGCGACGCGAGGGAGUCACACUCGCCCGGCAUGGCGCAUAACCAGCACCCUCAUGGCUCCCAGAGAGGCUACCCGAGCCCGAAUGCCUUCCCGUCACCUGGUCCUAUGCCGCCGAACCAAUAUGCCUACCACCCUCAGCAGACGCAAGCUCAGGCGGACCCAUAUCGAGCCAGUCCUGGCGCGCCGAUUCCUUCUCUGCCGAGCAUGAAGAGCCUCGAACACCACUACCAACAAAGUGCGCCGCCGCCUCCUCAGACGAUGCCGAUGCAGAUGCAGAUGGCGCCCAACCAAGGCAUGCAAUACUACCUCCCGCCGGGAGUACAGAGCAACCCAUAUAUGACGCAGGAUCUGAACCACCUGAGAUAUCAAAUCCCCCACGGGCACGAUCCUAGAUUGAUGCGCGGUCCCGGUGGGCCGAAGAAGGAGAUCAAGCGCCGCACAAAGACAGGUUGCCUAACUUGUCGUAAACGCCGUAUCAAGUGUGACGAGGCUCACCCGUCCUGCAACAACUGUAAAAAGUCGAAGCGAGAGUGUUUGGGAUACGACCCCAUCUUCAAGCAGCAGCCAGGUCCUUCCGUAAUCCAGCCCGCUCCGAACGCCCAGCGGGUGCCGACGCCGACCAUCCCGUCCGUGCCAUCAUCCGUCCCACCUCCGGUCCCGACUGUACCUUCAACGCCUGCCGCGCCUCAAGUCCCCGUGCCGGUAGCUCCAUCAAACCCGUACGGAAACCAGCCCGCCGUCUUGCCUAGCUCGUAUAAUCCUCCCGUUCCAUCUUCGCACGCCCCUCUCGAUCCAGCCUUGAAUUCUGCUGCGUCCGGCAUCAAACCCGAGCCCACCGCCUACGACUUUGCGGCCCCGAUAGAUCCAGCUCUGCAAAACCUACCCGCCCCGGCAACGUUACACUCUACUCAGACCCAGUCGUUCUCGGGCGAGCAAAGGGCAGGCUUCGACAACCAUCUCAGAGCCACCAGAAUGAAGGUCGAUGACCUUAUCGGCCUCCUGGGCCCCGCUGCUCCCACCCAGGAGAUUGCCCUCACUCCCGAGCUACUCACCGAGAUCAUCAACGUCUAUCGCGAGGUCUACGCGGUCGGCCUCCAGUCCUUCUUCGAGGCAAACUAUUUCCAGAAGCAGGAUGCCCAGGGAAAGUUUGCCUUUGAGCACAGCCAGCAACUCUUGCGCCAAUUUGCCUCGUUCCUCAAGAUUGUUCAGUCUGUCCCGGCCAAUGACCACACCCAGAUGACCCAUUCCGGAGUUCUCGAGACUCGCUUGAUCUGGGCCCUGGCCAUCUUGCCAUGCAACAGCGCUCCUCCUUCGUCCAACGCCGAUGCCAAGGUUCUGCCACCUCCGGAUGACCUGACAGAAGCAGCCAACCGAGUCAAGGUCAUGGAGACCCUCCUCUGCGGCGACUUCUUGUCCUCAAAUCCUCUCACACCUCCUGUUCCUGACACCCAGCCUCAUCGCGAGCAGGAGUUUGAGUUCUGGUAUAACCUCGCACAGUAUCUGUGUUAUUACGACCCAGCAAAGCGUGAUGAGGUUCUCGGCAAACUCAGAAUGCAGCUCGGUGGUAGAGAGAACCGAGAUCUCAUCUACUCCAUCGCCAUCUCGCGAGAGCUCUCUCCUCGCGUGGAAGUCGGUUUCGAGCGGAAUGUGCCCCAGCAUAUGGACGAGUCCGACCCUAAGAACCGACUCUUCGUGGCGAACAAGUUCAUUCAGGAUGAGGCUCAAGUGACCGGCGGAACAACAAAUGUGGUCCGGCGAUUCGGCGAGAUUGCCAUCAGAGCGUACAUCAGUCCCGGGGUCAACAUUGCGGCACACCCCCACCAGGCUGCUCCAGCACAGCCUUGAUCAUAAUGAUCCAACCAGAUUUUUCGUUUUUUUCCUAUCAGCAUUCACACUCUGCAGCAUUUUCCAGGCUCAAAGGGGGCGGGGGAGAACCAAAAAAUCGUGUAUUUUCGGAGGCGUUCACAGGGAUGGGAGGGAAGCAUGGCUUUCUUCCCUUUUGUGAUUUCAAUUUCCUUUUUUGCAUCAAAGCAUUCGGGUGGCAAUACGCUGCUGCUCGUCCUAUAGUUUCACGGCCGACGGCAUCAUCUUGUACAAGUAGUUCCCCCCUAAAAACUAGUGAUUAUUCAGGCAUGGCGGCGGUGUGGCGGGAAGAAAAAGAAAAAGUGGUUUUUGAGUGCACCAGUGACUUGGGGGAUGGGAGGCUUGGUAGAGAUCUCCCUUGGGACUUUCCUGGGAGGAAGCUAUCAGACUUUCUAGACCUAGAGGCUGCUGAUGCUCUGUACGAUAUUAGAC